AUGAUGAGUGACAUCUACGAUUCGGCGUGCGACUCGUUGGGUCUGCUGGAGUCGGCGUGCCUGACCAAAGUGGAGCUGAGGCUGACGUGUAAAGGGAUCAGUGACCGCGACGCUCUCUCCAAGCCCGACCCGUGUGUCGUGCUCAACAUGAAGUCACAUGGGCAAUGGAUGGAGGUGGACCGCACGGAGGUGAUGCGCAGCUGUGUCAACCCGUCCUACUCCAAGGUCUUUACGCUAGACUUUUACUUUGAAGAAGUGCAGCGUUUGCGCUUCGAGCUGUAUGACAUCAACAACAGCAACUACAACGGCCUGAAGGACGCCGACUUCCUGGGUGCCGUGGAGUGCACGCUGGGACAGAUCAUCUCUCAGAGGAAACUGUCCAAAGCUCUACUGAGGCCAGGAGGCAACGUGGGAAAAACCAUCAUCACGAUCACAGCGGAAGAGCUGACGGGGAAUGACGACUACAUCGAGCUUUCCUUCAGUGCCAGAAAGCUGGAUGACAAGGACUUUUUCAGUAAGUCGGAUCCGUUCCUGGAAAUCUAUCGUCUGAACGAGGAUGCCACGCUGCAGCUGGUCUACAGGACAGAGACGGUGAUGAACAACUUGAAUCCCGUAUGGAAAACGUUCAAAGUUUCUCUCAACUCGCUCUGCAACGGAGACCACCAGCGCAAGCUGCAGUGCACGGUGUGGGACUGGGACUCGAACGGGAAACACGACUACAUCGGAGAGUUUGAGGCCUCCUUCCAAGAGAUGCGGGGCGCCAUUGACGGACGACAGGUGCAGUGGCCGUGCAUAAACUCAAAAUACAAAGUGAAGAAGAAGAGUUACAAGAACUCUGGCAUUGUCAUCCUCAACCAGUGCAAGAUUAUCAAGAUGCAUUCCUUCCUGGAUUACAUCAUGGGAGGCUGCCAGAUCCAAUUUACUGUGGCCAUCGACUUCACGGCGUCCAAUGGUGACCCUCGCAACAGCUGCUCCCUGCAUUACAUCCACCCGUACCGACCCAACGAGUACUUGAAGGCGCUCGUCGCUGUGGGCGAGAUCUGCCAGGACUAUGACAGUGACAAAAUGUUCCCGGCGUUCGGCUUUGGUGCUCGCAUCCCGCCCGACUACAAGGUCUCCCAUGACUUUGCAGUGAAUUUUAACGAGGAGAACCCCGAGUGUGCAGGCAUCCAGGGCGUGGUGGAGGCCUACCAGGCCUGCCUUCCCAAACUUCAACUCUACGGACCUACGAACAUCGCUCCCAUCAUACACAAAGUGGCCAACUCCGCCUCGCAGGAGGUUCACACCAAAGAGGCCAUGCAAUACUUCAUCCUUUUGAUCCUGACGGACGGCGUGAUCACGGACAUGGCGGACACGCGUGAGGCCAUUGUUCAGGCAUCUCACCUUCCCAUGUCCGUCAUCAUCGUGGGCGUCGGGAAUGCAGACUUUGGAGACAUGCAGAUGUUGGACGGAGACGACGGGAUCCUCAGGUCGCCCAGAGGAGAACCCGUACUCAGAGACAUCGUACAGUUUGUGCCCUUCAGAAACUUCAAGCAUGCAUCGCCGGCAGCACUCGCGAAGAGCGUGCUAGCCGAGGUUCCCAACCAGGUGGUGGACUACUACAACAGCAAAGGCAUCAAACCCAAAGUGGCCAGUCAGUACCACACCUCCAGAACCUUUGGACCUUGAGGGGCUUGUCUCACCGCCUCCAACAUGUCCGCCACAUAACUGAAAAGCACAACUUGUUUUUUGUUUUGAUUUGAAUGUUCAGCAGCAACCAUAAUUUGUUUUGUUUACAUUUGUUUGUGUUGAGGUUGGGCCUUGCUGUGUAGUGUCCACUUUGGGAGCAUGUGAUUGAAUAGCUAGCGUGUUAGCCUAACUAGCACUUAGUCACAUAUUGUAGCACCCCCUCCUUGUGGUGGACAAGUAUUAACACAUUCUUUCAACACUUUGAAUAACUAGAGCACACUCUCAACUUAGCAUCUUCUUUUCUCAUGAAUAUUAAAUACCACUAAUGACCACUAACUACAUCUAACAACUGCUAAGGACCAUUAAUAGCAGCUAGCACACACACACUUAUCUUCUCGCUAAUAACUGCUAAUGGCCUCUAACGACUGGUAAUGACUACUAGUGCACACACUCAUUGUAGCGUCUGCUCGUCAGAUCAAUGCUAACAACAGUUAACAACUGUUAGUGACUGCUAACAACUGCCAACGGUCUAUAAUGACUGCUAACGACAACUAGUAACAACUUAACGCCUACUAGUGACUGCUAACGACCACUGGUGACUGGUAAAGAACACAAAUGACUGAUAACAAUUGCCAAUUACUACUUAACAGCUUUUAACGACCACCACAGAUAACUAAGGAUCCGACUGCAAGCUUGAACACUUCGUGUCUUUUUAUGCAUAAACGGAUGCGAGCUAGCUGUAGCAUCUUUAGCGUCCGUCAUGCAUGCCAGGUAGCGAAAAGUGUUGCACUGUAAGCGUGCACGUAGACGUGUUGUCUGGAAGUUUAGUGCACGUCAUUACAAGCCCACAGUUUGUUUUGGGAUUUUUAUGGUAACUUACAGUAGCUCGCAGCUUCAAUGCGUCAUGCAUGAGAUUGUGUGGUUUUGCAUGCCAUAACAUAUCCGCUAGCAUGCUCAGUCAAAACAUACGGUAUCCUAUUAAAAUUUUAUGAAAAGUCUCCGAGCGUGUUAUUACGUAACAUUUGCUAGCGUGCUAUGUCAAAACAUAUCCCCUACCAUUUUAUGUGAUGUGUGCUAGGAUGGUAUGACAUAACGUCCACUAACAUGCUUGCUCAAAACAUAUCCGUGAGCAUUUAUAGAAUGUCUGCUAAUGGGGUUUUGAUGUAACAUCUGCUAGCAUGCUAUGUCAAAACAUCUAGUGUGUUAUGACGUAACAGUGUGCUGUAUCAAAACAUCCCCUAGCAUUUUAUGACAUUUUAUGUUUUGCUAGUGUGCUGUGGCAAAACAUAUGCGCAGGAAUUUUAUGACGUUAACAUCUGCUAGCAUUCUACGUCAAAACAUAUCUGAUAAAAUGUUAUCAUAUAACAUCUACUAGCGUCCUAGGUCAAAACAUAUCUACCAGCAUUUUAAGUCAAAAAAUGGCUGCUAACAUGUUAUGUCUUAAUAUAUCUGCUAGCAUUCUAUGACAUAAUUUCUGCUAGCAUGCAAGGUCAAAACAUCUUAGCUAGCAUUUGACAUAAAAAUGGCUGCUAACAUGUUAUGACUAUGAUGUAAUAUUUUGCAAGCAUGCUAGGUCAAAACAUAUCCUACUAGCAUUUUAUAAAAUAUCUCCUAGAGUGUUAUGACAUAACAUCUUGUAGCGUGCUAUGUCAAAACACCUCAGGUAGAAUGUUUUGACAUAACAUACCGGCUAGCACUUUCGAUGAUAAAAAUGGUUGGUUAUGAUGUAACAUACUGUAUGUGUGAGCCUUUAUGCUAGCAUUUUAGGAUAAAGUUUUUGAUGCUAACAUGAUGUGACAUAACAUAUGCUAGCAUGCUAGGUCAAAACAUCCGGUGGCAUUCUAUGCAUUUCAUUAGCAUUUUGCCAGAGCAUUUUGCUGGAAUGCUACAUGCUACAAUGUAACAUGUCUGCUAGCAAAGUCUUUUGCUAGCAUGACAAGCGUAGACUUCAAAGCACAAUUUCCUUUUUAUAGAGAAAAGUUAUGUUUCCAUGGAAACCGCCAGGUUUGUUUCCAUUUGAUGUGUUUGGAUCUUUUGUCUUCCUGGUGCCCAUUUUGAAGCCUCUUGUCUUUGCUGACGUGUAACGUUUGAUACAAGAUGGCGGA